UCGCUGUUGCACUUAAAAGUUGUUGCCCAAAAACUUGAGAGAAGAGGGGAAAAAAUUAGACAAACACGAAAAAGUGCAUUUUUUUUGUCAGAGUAAGUGUGAUGAAGUUGGAAUACUUUUUUUGUCUCAAGUCAAACUUCUUCUGAGGUUUUACCGUGAGUUGAAAGUGACACGCGUUUACCAGUGAGGGGCGCAGUUGAGCAGCUGUCAUCUAGCACAGUCUCAGCCGCAGCACUGGGACCGCCGGAGCUAAGCUAAGCUAAGCUAAGUCAACCUAGCGUCAGCGUUAGCUGUGGCGAAUUAAAAGUGUCUCUCACAGAAGCCGCUACUUUUCCGGGAAGACUCGUUUCACUUCUCGUCAACAGAAGAGCCGAUGACGUCACCAUAGAAGCGAACACGAGACCUAGAGGGGAGUCACUCACCUUCACGAGGAGCAGACGACGAUGAGGGGAUGAAUGGAGUGAAAGAAGAAGCAGGAGCAGCGAUGGAUGCAGGCGUCCGGAUGCCAUCUUCACCAGAGAAAACCGCACCGCCGAAAAAACGGAGACAUCGGAUAAGACGUCGUCACCCUUGUCCAAAAUGUGACCGGGAUUUUAUCUGCAAGUCCCGGCUGGCGGACCAUGUGGCCGCACACAUGGGAGAAAAACCCCACAGCUGCCCCGUGUGUGCCAAGCGCUUCACGAAGAAGGUCAACUUGGCAGCACAUCUCCGCGUUCACACCGGCGAGAAGCCGUUCUCCUGUCCAGACUGUGGGGUCAGCUACGCCCAGCGCAGCUGCCUACGGCGUCACCGGCUGAGUCACGCCACAGAGAAGCCCCACAGCUGCUCCGUGUGUGGGCGGGGAUUCAUCCAACGGCGUUAUCUCGUACAACACGAGCGGAUACACACGGGAGAGAGGCCGUUCUCCUGCCCGCUCUGCCCCAAGCGCUUUGCCUCCAAGUCGGGUCUGACCGAGCACCAGUUCAUACACGGAGAGCAGAAGGAGUUCACGUGUGCUCUCUGUGAGAAGGUCUUCACCACGCGCUCGUCCUUCAGAGACCAUGUGAGGAUCCACACGGGGCUGAAGCCACACACCUGUUCGCUGUGCGGCAAGAGCUUCAACCGACCGGGUCUGCUGAAGAAACACCUGCAGAAACACGAGGAGGACGAGGAGACCAUCACGGCUGUAGCCGUGAGCAUAGGCGAGACGCCUCACCGCUGCCUCGUGUGCCACAAACUCUUCUCCAGCGCCGAGCGGCUGCAGCAUCACGACAAGCUCCACCAGAGGGCGCAGCAGCUCACCUGCCACAUCUGUGGCCGCGCUUUCACCAGGUCGUCGCGGCUCAAGGACCACAUCCGGACCCACACCGGAGAGAAGCCGUUUCAGUGCGACGUCUGCCAGAGGAGGUUCUCCAUGCAGGGCACGUUAAAGAGGCACCAGGAGAUUCACAGCCGGGAGCAGCUCAACGCUAACAGCAACAUCAACAGUGCUGCCACGACCCUGAACAUGCUGAUGUCGCAGGGAGACGGCGAUGAACCGCGCCGCUGUUUGGUUUGUGAGAAGACUUUCACAGACGCCACCAAACUGAGAGCACAUGUGAAAAUCCACAACAAACGGCACGCCUGCAGCCUCUGCUCCAAGACCUUCCUGAAGCCGUGGAUUCUCCGAAAACACAUGACCACCCACGUCAGGGACGGACUCAUCGCCGCCCCUGCUGACAAGGAGUUCUGGUCCAACAUGCAGACUGUGGAGGAGGUGAAGAUUAAAGAGGAGGAGGAGGAAGAGGAGGAGACGGCGCUGAUGGUGGAGGUGAAGCAGGAGGAGCGUGAGCAGGUCACAGAGGAUUCCUCUGAGGUAUUUAUGUCUGGUAACCAUGGCAACCUCAACCAGUCAGUGUUGGAGGAGAACAGCCAGGAGGGAGAGGAGGGCGGCAGCAGCGGUUUGAUCAACUCUGAUGGCGAGGAAGAGGAGUGGAGUGCAGCGGUUACAGAACCCGACGGCAGCUCGGAGUCUCAGACCGACGGCGCCGGUGAAAGUGCCGGAGACGGUAAAAGCAGGAAGAACUGCUGCCCCGUGUGUAGCCGCGAGUGCUUUAAAGCGUCGGCACUGAAGAAACACCUGAGGAUCCACUCGGGCGAGCGUCCCUUCCACUGCGCCACCUGCAGGAAGAGCUUCACGCAGCAGGGCCACCUGACGGAGCACCUGAGGAUCCACACGGGAGAGAAACCCUUCACGUGCGGCGACUGCGGCAGGAGCUUCACCUUCUCCAGCGCACUGCGACGACACCAGCGCGUCCACACGGACACGCGGCCGUAUCAGUGCUCCGUCUGCCAGAAGUCCUACAGACAGCAGAGCGUCCUCAAGAGACACGAAGAGACACACUCAGGCGUCCGCUACCAGUGUCCCAUCUGCAGCAAGAGCUUCACCCGCGCCUCCGAGCUCACCUACCACACCCACAAGCAUGCGGACGCCAACCGCUUCUACUGCGACAUCUGCAAGAAGAACCUGGGCGGGGCCAGAAGCUUCCGCAACCACAUGAAGAACCACGAGUCUAUGAGUUUGCCGCCGCCGCACCAAGAAUCACAGGACGCCACAGGAGCGUCGGCAGAAGGAGCUUCACUGAGCGUCUUUAAAGGAUGAGCUCAGUGUAAAACUUGUGAAAAGUUGAAAAGACGAAGGAAAUCGCAGGUCGUCGAAGAUGACCGCAGCCAAUCAGGUCUGCACUGAAAAGAUGCUGAGUCACCACUGGAGGCAGCAGCAGCAGUUUCAGGCUCGACAGUAGUGAGUCGUAUGUUUCCACGCUGAUACUUGGACCAGUGAACAAGUCCUGCAGGAGAACAGGGCUGCAACUAACCAUUGUUUUCAUUUCAUUAUUCAAGUAUUUCUUUGGUUCAGAACGUGGAUCAGUGUCACCCAAACCUCAAAAUGAUCUUGUUUUGUCCACAAACCAAAAUGAUUCACCUUUAAUCAUUUCUUUCUUUGUUAUAUGAGCAAAGAAUACAGAAAAUACAGUAGCAAGAUAAAGUAUUUGAACCCUUUGGAAUGAUCUAGAUUCCUGCGAAAACGGAGGUUCAUGUGAAACUGUGAUGUCUUUGCUUUUUCUUUUUUUUGAUCAAUAAAGUGAAGGAGACACAAAAAUGUGAUCGGAUUAAUAUUCAA